CCCCUAAUUCCUCUCACAUCGAUCGCCCGGCGCGCUCCUCGUCCUCUCCAGAUCGCCCGGCCCGGCCCGAGCAACCAACUGUUCUGCUGCUGCAGUCUUCUUCACCCCAAAAGGAAAAGAUGCUCUACCAAAUCCACUCCCAUGCCGAAAUCCAAGCCCUGCAGGCCCGCACCGAUGAGCUGGGCCACUCCAAAGACUUCAUGCUUGUGAAUCUUGUCUCUUUGGAGUCGGUGCGCAUAGCGAGCGAGUCGUAUGCACUCCUCCGCCCGCUGAUCGUGGAGUCGAUGUUCUGGGCAUGCUCGGAGCUGGAAAACCUCUCGGUCGUGGCAGCCUUGUCGCUGGAAAUCCAGAUGCUUGAGCAUGAUGUGUUACCCCAGCUCAAGGUUCAGGACGCCAAGCUGGAACGGGGCGCCCUGCAAGCCCUCCUCCUCAUGAAAGACUCAGCAAUUAUGCUCUUAAAUCUCAGGAAGCGCUUUAUCGUAGCCUUGGGCGUAUUGCUUGCCGAGGAGGAUCAGGUCUCAGGCCGAGUCAAAAAGCUGAGCGAAAUGCUAAAGGAUACUGCUGAUGGUGUACUCAAAGGUAAUGGUAACAUUGUCUUGCUUGAGAAGCGUGUCCCGUUGCUGGUCAAGCUGGUCACCGAAGUGUUGGAGACCCCGGUUCUUUUCUGUGAUCCUGAUGAGUAUUCUGAUGAGUAGACUUAUCAGCCAGCUCGAGGCUGUUGUGAUGAGUAUUUCUUAGGGGCGUGGCAAACAGUUUAGAAUCAAAUGUUGCGAUGUAUUUCUUGGACCCUCCUUUAUGUUUGGAUGUGUUAUUAAUGGAUUUUAAAUGAUAUGUAUCUUGGGUAGUGUUUUCUCAUUC